GAGGAGGAAGAAGAUUCAGUUCAGAGCUGAAAGGCUGAGCAGACAUCAUCAAGGGAAACGAGCAGGAGAAUCAGAACAAAGAAAGGCCUUCUCUCUCCUCCAGUCAAAAAUGUUUACUCUUAUCUGGACAUCUCUUCUCUGUCUUGCUGCAGGUGCUUCAGAGGAGUACACUGGUACCACUCAAAAUACCACUCUUCUGACAACGAAUGCAUCAUUAGCAGCUUGCAUUGCUCUUACAUGUUCUUCAGUAGAUGAUACAUUCCAAAGUUUGAAUGUGUUCAAAUGUAAUUCAUCUGGAAAUUGUGACAAAAACACAAUUAACUCCACACAAGAGCUAAGAAAUUAUUUGGGGGUUGAUGUAUCAGCGCCUGUGCCGGAAUCUUUAAUGGAAACAAGAAACUGCAGCAACAUCAUCAACAGCCUCAAAACUUCUGGCCUUGUGUUAUAUCAAGAGGCUAAUGCACACAGCUUCUGCAAAUGUGUUUCUAAGGAUGAUGUCUCUGCUACAGCCCCGAAUCCAUGCCUGAAUCAAACACCCACACUGACGAUUCCUCCUCUGGCUGAGGGACAGCCAACUAACCUGACCUGCACUGCUGCUGCUGGUGGUGGUGGUCUCUGCUCUGAAUCUCAACUCAAAUUCACCUGGAUGUUGUGCGGAGCAGGAGUCAUCACAGAAAACAUCACAGACCCUACAGUUAAUAACGUGACCAAUUCAAUUCAGGACCACAUCUCGACUCUGACCCUAAACAUCUCAGCUGAUCAUCACAACAAGAAGAUCACCUGUAGGGUCACCUGUGCUGGACACACGAAAGACGUGACACAAAAGCUCAAAGUGAAGUAUUCUGCCUUAAUCUUGAAUAACAGAUCUACAUGUAAGGUCCAGUCUGGGGUCAUGACCUGUGUGUGUGUCAGUGAGGGAUUUCCUCUACCUACCAUUGAGUGGACGCUGUUCGAGGACAGUCCUAUGUACACCAUCAUGACCAAUGUGUCAGAGAAGUAUGUCUACAGUACCAUGACUGUGUCUCAUAAAGAUCCCCAAAACAAGAUGGUACAGUGUGUCAGCAGAAAUACUGUUGGUGAAGGAAAUGCAACGUUAACCAUCUUAGAAAUCACAACAAACACAACAAACAAAACAAGCCACCUAGAUGUUUUUAAACUAUUGAACGAAGUCUUAGAGCGUCCACUGCUUUUCGUCAUUGUGCUUGGGACUGGAAUUCUGAUCGGGAUUUUACUUUCUGCCAUCAUUGCUUGUUUGGCUGUAAAAUGCCUCAGAAAAAAAACCUCCAAAAAUCUGGAUGAGCGGCUGGAGAUGGUAACUAUUGAGAGUGUUGCCAAGAAGGAGGAGGAGAAUGGAAUCCAGGAGAAACAAGAGGAUGGGACCCAAGGUCAGCAGGAACCAGGAAGAGUAGAUGAAUCUACUUGGCCAUGUCCGACUGAUUCAAACGAGGCACCAAAUGAAACUGCGCCGAAAGAGGCUGUGUACUCGGACAUCGACUUUUCUGCAAUGAAAGGGAAAAGUCCAGCUGACAUAAGGGAGCAAGAUCCUACUGAGACCGAGUACGCUGAGAUUAAGAGAGAAAACGGUGAUGGACAAGACGGUGGGGAGGGUGGGGAGGUAAUGGGGGGCGAUGAAGAGAUGAUGAUGAUGAUAGAAGACACUGAAGAGGUGACACAAAGCCUUCUAGCUGAGGGGGUUGGUGGCGGAGAUGGUGCAGCAGAGUAAUGGUUAAGAAUUGAAAACAGUUUUUCAAGUUGUUGCUUUUGUUGGAAGGAGUGAGCUUUUUUGCAGCUUUCAGUGAAUAUUAGUCUUUUUUAAGAAUCAAAAAGAACAUCACAAGGGUGGACUUUUAAAGUAAAUGGGAAAACAUUGUAAUGCAAUAGCAUCUUAUCAGAUCUGCAUCUUGACCUGGAAUUAGUUGAAGGCAAAGAAUAAGAAAUAUUUUUUUUUUACAUUUCUAGCAAUCGCAAAAUUACUUUUUUAGUAAAUAGUGUGCAAAGGUCAAACACGUGAACGAUUAACGCUUGAAAUGACCACACCCUUCACACACGUCCACACCAACGAUCCACUCUGUGAUGGAUCAGAGCAGCAGGAGAGGGUUGUGUGAUGAGGUGGAGGUGAUGCAUGCAUCGUACGCAGAAAGCAGCUCCACGAUCAAGAUACGUGUUUCAAAAAAUGUAAAUAGAGGAAAAGUUUUGAAAUCCUGUUGUUUGAAAUGAGCUUCUGCAUGCAGACACAUUUUAUUAUGAAUUAUAUUUAUAUGCAUUAAUGUGACAUUUAAAAUGAAAUUGAGUUGCAGCAAUAACUGUAUUUGAAAUCAAAUUAAAAUAAAUGCUGAGUUUGUUCCUCGCUGCGACUGGAGAGGUGUUUGGUGCUCUUGUGCAACACAUUCCACUCAUUUUGUUUUUUCCUUUUUUUAAUGCAACACGUUUCAACGUCUUGUAUUUACAUCAUUGAUGGCGACUUUUCAGAUGAUUUUUAGUUAGAUUUUCUUUCUUUCUUUCUUUCUUUCUUUCUUUUAUUAUUUAUUUAUUUAUUUUGAACCAAUUUAAUAAAGUAAUUUAAGGUCUUCAAAGUAUAAAAGCAGACUGUGAGAAUGGGGAACUAACACUUAGAAUGGAGAGAUGCUCUUUAGGGAAGUAUGGUUAUGGUCACCACGGUGACUUUGCUGAUCGCUUUAGACGCAGCUAUUUCACAACAUACAAACUAGAAUGUGUUGCAUGAACGGGAUAUUUAAAGUUGCCUAAAUUAUUUUGUUCCAUCACACCUGUACAGGUGUCUUUUUUAGGAUGACAAA